UUUCUCUUCAUUAUUAGUCUACUAAUCUAAGCCCACAGAAAAUGAGCAAGCCAGAUGUUUUUAAAUAGGAAGUUCGAAAGCACAAAGUGUCACCCGAAGGCGAAACGCCAAAGAAGUUCUGCAGCGGCCGGAAACCAGAAAAGACAGCAAAUCGGUCAUCGUUGUGAAGACGGCGACAGUAGUACACCCUCCGAUAAACGAGCAAAGCGUCCGUCAAGAGAAGAACAACAUGAAACCCGGGAUCCUGACGACAAAUCUGAACGUCGAUAGUGUACCUGACUUGUGUGAUGAAAACCUCAAAUGAUACUGGAUUACAAAAUUGCGGUGUCUGCCAUCAGUAUACAAGAACAAUUCAAGAGUUUUUUUUGAAAAGUGAAGUCCGCACUAGAAGAGAGCAAGAUGAACAUAGAAAAUAGCUAGUUUCCCACACUCGAAUAUUGUUCGGUAAUGCGAUUAGCCUAAACGCCUCGGUAAAUGCAGUCUUUCUAUGGAAGGUGUUCGAUUAGAGAAGGCCAGUGUCCUACGGAAAAUUAGUUGUCGACUUUGUUUGACGGUUCCACUUCUCAUAGAGAUAUUUAAGCAGCUCCCGAUUUCAACACUCAUCCAAGCCACUUCCGUUUGCCACCGCUGGAACCAGAUCAUCUUCAGCAUUAUCCACAAGCGAAUUCGCUGCCGCAUUAGCAACGACCUGGACCUAGUCGGCCAAAACUCCCUUAGCCGGUCGUACGGCGCCAUCACGGUGGACUGUUCCACCCUAUCGCUGGCCACUCCGACGCUACUGCAGCUGUGUCGCCGUGCAACGGAGCUCGAAAUUCACGCCAACCUCCUGCACGAAUCGGUACUGGCGGAGCUGCUUCCGCAGUGUCCACGGUUGGAGCGACUCACCGUUCGGGCCAAAUGCCUUGUCGUUGAGGGCGCAUGGAAGACGGUCGAACUGAGGGGAAGGUUUCCCACCAUCGAGAGUGUGUCGGUGAUUGCGGAGAGCUUCUUCUCGCCGGGACAGAGACGGGUGCCAGCGGCGGGCGGAAGUGUGAAAAGCCGGAAAUCCCGAGUUAAAAGUGCAAUCGCCAAUGGGGUGUUUUGCUGUUGGAAGAAGCUACGGAAGUUGGUCACUUAAUAAAAGUUGAUGAGUGUGGUUUAUGAAAAUAUA